UGUUUCCAAGUGUAAAUUUUGCUCAAAUUUUGCGAGUCAAAAUUGUUCAGUUUAAGAACUGCCAAAAUCUAUGUGUACUGUAGUCACAUUUAGCACUGGUACACAGGUUGCAUGAACCAAAUACGUUACACACACCCGCGACAUCGAAAAUUUUGGUCUGCCGUUUUUGCAUUUCAACAAUCACGUUUUACAAUAAAAAAAUUAUUCAUUUCGUUAACCACAAUAAAAAAAAAAUGUUUCUUCUGGUACGAACAUCUUCACGGAAAACAAUGUUAUCGUUAUCGUUGUUUAUCAAACAAUACAAGUUUCAUCGUCACCAAUGUUUUUGUGUGCUAAAAAAAACGGAAAGCAAUAAUAAGAUAAAUAAUGCGCCAUCAACAACAAACGUUCGCAAAUUGGCUAUUUUUCUCAUUGUUUGUAACUUGACACUGGCAAAUGAUGAAGAUCGGGCGCCAAAUUGAAGACAUUUUUGUUGAUUUUGAUUGAAAGAAUAAUCGAUAGAUGUCAAUCAAUUUACUGGCAAUGAACGGAGAUAAGCCAGAUAAUAUUUCUCAGACCCAAUAAAAACUCAGCGACGUUCGAAACAUAUGCUGUCAGUUUCGGCCCCCCGAGAGUGAAGAUGGCUGAAAAGAAAAAGUAUAAUUACAUGGAAAAUGUCCUCACCGAAAUUAACAGAAAUUUUAUAUCACUCGAUGACAACGAAGUGAAAAGAAAUAACAAAAUUUUAGAGUCAAUUUUGUCAACAAUUAUUGACAAAAUGAAACAAAAGGAUCCACUUUUCAAAGACAUGUUCAGUCGCGUUUUCUACGGUGGAAGCUAUUAUGACGGCUUGCGGGUUGGUAAACCCGAAGAGUUCGACUUGGAUCUGUUGCUAAGUUUGCCGAAGUACGCCGAACCCGAGGUUACGACAAGUAACAUGCCUGGAUUUGUCCACGUGCAGCUGAAAAAAUACGAUGCUUGGAUAAGGCAACCUGAAGCGAUGCCUACGUAUAGAAAUUUUGGCUCGUUAUUUGACAAAGAUUAUUUUGCGGACACGCAAAAGGUGUUGGCUUGGAUGGAAGGAAUUGUUCAGAAAACAUUAAACGAAUUUCCGAAAAAAGGACCCAAAAGCGUUUUGACCACCCAGAAGGAUGGCAGUUUUGAGAUUAUCGUUCAAAAAAGUGGACCAGCCUUGACACUCAAAAUUUCUGGUUCUGGUAUUACCAUGGACGUUGAUCUCGUCCCAUGCUUCGUUUUUCGUGAAGACAAAUGGCCUAAAUCGGGAUUUAAACCCAAUCCUGUAAAAUCGAAACCUGAAUUUUUUAUUGUUCCGAAAAACCCUAAAACCACCAAUGGGACCCCAACCAGAUACUGGAGACUGUCGUUUCAAGAACAGGAACGAGUUUUAAUAGACAACAAACGCACUCUUAAACCAACAAUUAAAUUGUUGAAAAAAUUAAGAGAUAAUUUGCAGCAUAAGUCUAUUGCAAGCUACUAUAUUAAAACUGCAGUUUUACAUAUUUCCGACACCAAAUCUGAUGACUUCUGGACAAACUCGCUGAGUUAUACUUUUAUGACAGUAUUAAAGGAAUAUAUAAAUUUUAUUAAAAAUGGAAAAAUUCCUUAUUAUUGGAAUACAAACAACAAUCUAAUAGGAGGGCUUAAUCCCAGUACCUUACAAAAUAUGGUUAAUAGACUUAAUGCCAUGGUAACUGUCAUCGAAAAAAAACCAGAUGAUCCUUACACCAUCGCAAAGUAUUUACUGAACAACGAGGAACAAAUCAUUUUAGGUAUGGGCGGACUUGCACUAAAGUAAGUGUUUUUAUGGAUCGUUUGCUCUAUAUGCAAUAUGAAAAGUGGUGUGAAGCCAGUGUGGAACAAUGUACAAAUAAACUUUUAUUUAUUAUUUU